GGUAUGGAAAAGGUGCAGUGAUCUUCUCUGUUCGCUGAAAGCACAAUCGCAUCUAUCAGCCUCACGUCACAUUUAACCCUUCAGGUGCCUACAGCUACAGAGAAGCAGCAUCAGUAAUUAGCGAUUUAAUGAUCAUCUCAUGGCCUUUUGCUCCAACCCGGCCACCAACACCUACACCACUGCUGUUCCAUCCCCGUCACACUCUGGUUCUCUUUAAUUUCCUUCGGCAUCUCUGUCCAUGAGAUGGCUCAGUGGUCUUUAUUUCCUUAAGGGGAGGUGCAUGGUGAAGGCAAGGUGUUGGUGAUCUGGUCAAUGGAGGGGAGCUUUGCCCUUAACAACCCUUAAACGUAUGUGACAGCAGCUUAACCAGAGGCUAGACUUCGUCACAUUCCCUCAGCAGCCCUCCUCCUCCUCAGCAUCCCUCUCCCCCUCCCCACAACACGACUCCUCUCCACUCGCUCUGCAGCUUGUGAGACUGGAAGACAGCCUCAGUGUGUGUGUGUGUGUGGAGGGAAAGAGCGGAGAAAGGCUUACCCAGAACAGAGAAGCAGCAGGAGGAGGUGAGCGGGAUGAUGAUGGAAGCCAGCUUUGACACUGAGGAGAGUUUUGAUGAUCCCUCCUGUCUUGCUCCGCAGCCCCCUGGCUCCGUGUCGCCAGCCAAGAGACAGAUCAAUGAGGUCAAGGAGACCAAGACCACAAUAAACUGUGUGACUUUCCCCCUGCCUGGAGAAGGUCCGGAGCAGCAGCUCCUCAAGCCCAACGAAUGGAGCUACUGCGAUUAUUUCUGGGCCGACAGGAAGGACCCCCAGGGGACCACCCAUGUGACGGGUUUCGAGGUUCUCCUACAGAAGCAGCUGAAGGGGAAACAGCUGCAGAAGGAGAUGGCUGAGUUUAUCCACGAGAGGAUAAAGAUUGAGGAGGAAUAUGCCAAAAAUCUCUCCAAGCUGUCCCUGAGCCCGCUGGCAGCACAGGAGGAAGGUACUCUCGGAGAGGCCUGGACUCAACUGAAGAAGAGCCUCCAUGAUGAAGCUGAAGUCCACCUCAAGUUCUCCAACAAGCUGCACACAGAGGUAGAAAAACCUUUGCUGACAUUCAGAGGAGACAACUUCAAGAAGGAUCUGAAAAAGUACGAUCACCACAUCGCUGACCUCAGGAAGCAGCUGACAAGCCGCUUUGCCAGCGUGGAAAAGGCUCGUAAAGCCCUCGCAGACCGGCAGAAGGAUCUGGAGGUGAAGACACAGCAACUGGAGAUCAAACUCAGCAACAAGACAGAAGAGGACAUAAAAAAGGCGCGACGAAAAUCCACACAAGCAGGAGAUGAUCUGAUGCGUUGCCUGGAUCUCUACAAUCAAACCCAGUCCAAGUGGUUUGAGGAAAUGGUCACAACCAGCAUGGAGCUGGAGAAACUUGAGGUUGAGCGGGUUGAAUGGAUUCAGCAGCAUCUGCGUCAGUACACAACUCUGCGGCACGAAACAGACAUGUUCAACCAGAGCACGGUGGAGCCGGUUGAUCAACUGCUGCAGAACAUGGAUCCAGCCAAAGACAGGGAGCUGUGGGUGAAAGAGAACAAAACCAGUGAAGUUCGGCCUGUGGAUUUGGACAUAUAGACGACCCAGACCUGGAUAUCAUCUGACCCGCUUUCAGCAUCAUGACACGUCCACAGAGUCCCGGAAAGUUUCUGAUUGCACUGAUCCGUGGAUGGUGCAUGUUCAGACUCCAGAUCUCAUCCUCUCUGACUUCAAUCACUAGGAGGGAAAAAUGUAAUGAAGUUGGAGUCCUGGAAAAAGAAAUGGAUCAAAGUACCAGCAUGUUCCUUCUAAAUUUUAACCCUAUCACAUAAAGCAUUAGCUUACUGAAUGCCAUAUGACGUACUCUGCUGUUUAACUGUUGUAAAUUAUAAAAAAAAAAUCUAUGUUCUUUAAAUUCUUUUAUUUAGCUUCAAUCAAUUUGUUUCCAUUUUGUGCAAACCAAGCAAAAAGAAAAGAAAACGGAAGUCUGAUUAUGGAUAUUACCUUUAUUUUAGAUACAGAUUCUGAAACUGAAUGAGGUAUUAUAAUGAAUAUGAUAUAUUUUCAUAUUUUUCCUGGUUCAUUUUGGUGGAAAUGCAUGUUUAACUAUCUUGCUUUUAGCAUACGGUGACUGCUGCACACUUCUCUUCAGUCAUAAUGGGUCACAAUGGUUGUUUUCUGUAGUUCAUGGAAUUUGCACAAGGUAAUCUGUGUCCUGUAAUUAGUUUAGACUCUUUCUCAACAGCCAAAACAUUCAGCAUUAAUAUCCAGUAACCUCAGUAGUUCAAAGCACGCAAUGCUUUGGAAUGUAAAUUCAAUUAUUUGUGUCCCAAACAUGUGGUUGAUAACAUUUAGGCCUGGGUUCAUUUUGGAUCCAGUCUGGAGGAAAAAGGUGGUCCAAGUCACACUGAAACACCUUUUAGUGCCUAUCAGUUUAUAUUCCUGGAAUGUCCCUGAUACAUUCUCUGCAUCAGUGUACAUUUGUAGAUACCGGUUAGUUGUAUUUUGCUGUGAAACGUUUUAACUGAUCUGCAGAUGUUCAGGCUGACAAGGUGUUUACACUGUAAAACAUUGUUUAUUUUUGGUAAAUGUGCAGGGAGUAUUUUUAUGGCGAUGUUAAGCAGCAGAAAGCAUAACUGAUUAAGUUAUGUGCUGAUCAACCGACAACAAGAUUAUGCAUUUUGAGAUUUGGUUGAUCCAGUGCAGCAGAAGGCGGCACAGAAUCAGAAAAAGCCCAUCAGAUCAGAGUCUGCAUGUAAAGUUUGUGUCUAUGUUUACCUGUGUGCAUUUAUAUGUUGUCUUGGCAUUUUCCUGUGGUCUGUAUGUCUUGGGUUCACGUGCUCAUUUUAGGACAACUACAUAACACAAAAAUAUAGACAAAUGUAAACAAAUAUCUUAAAUAUAGAUUUUUAUUCUUAGUUUUGUGAAAGAGGAGGAAAAAUUACCCUAAUUUAAAUUUAUAGGUGAAAUGUAUAACAUUUUACUUUAGACUCACUUGGCUUCAUCUGCAGAUUUUAGGUAGUGUAUUUGUUGUAGAGGUUUCAUCGUCGUGCGUCAGUGUUGUGCACUAAAUGUUGUUACGUUCCAACUAAAUGUUGCUGACAAGAGCUUGAUGAUGACGUAAUGGUUGACCUAACUGGCCUGUCUGGUGAACGUUUACAUGAAAUCCAGUGUUUUAAGAAUGUUUUGAUCAUAUGUGACCUCUGUCCAGAUCGUGAACCGAGGAAUGCAGUGUACAAAAUAAAUCUCCUCUUUGAAAAUUAAA